AUGACUCUUCAGAAGGUUCUCAUAUACGUCCUACGUCGCGACUUACGGUUGUCUGACAACCCAGUUUUUUAUGAGAUUCACAAACUAUCCCAGCAAUCCCAGAAGCCUUUCACACAUGUCCUGCCUUUGUAUGUCUUCUCUGCCCAACAGAUUGAGGUCAGUGGGUUCCUCAAGGACCCUUCUUCUCGCUCCCCAUAUCCCGAAGCACGAUCGGAGGUGGGCAAAUUCUGGAGAUGUGGACCUCAUCGUGCAAAGUUCCUGGCCGAAUCUGUGUGGGAUUUGAAGUCUCAGCUCAGGGACAUAGGCAGUAAUCUCGAAAUUCGUGUUGGAUUACUGGGAAAAGUCGUUGCCGACCUGGUGUCUCAGAUCAAGCAACAAAAUGACAAGAUCUCGGUCUCAGCUGUCUGGAUGACUGAGGAGGAAGGGGUGGAAGAGAAACGAGAAGAGAGAGACGUCCGUCGAGCUGCAGAGGGUGCUGGUAUUGAUUUUCGAUUAUGGAUAGACGAGAAAUACUUCAUCGAUGACCGCGAUCUGCCCUUCGACAGACCUUCAGAUCUGCCAGAUGUCUUCACGAGCUACCGAAAAUCCGUCGAGCCACUGAGGGAAGCUCCUCGAAAAGCUGUUCCACGAACUCCAUCCUUACCACCAGUUCCUUCCAAUCUGACGAUCCAAAGUGGUAUCUUUUCCGUCCCAGAAACGUACGAUGAGCUGGAGGCAUUUCUCAUGAAACCAUUGAAAGCGAAUCCUCCCCUCCCCGACUCUCCAUCAUUUCCACCCGGUGUCAAAUCGGCUCAUCCGUUCAAGGGUGGUGCAACGGACGGGUUGAAGAGAGUCCAAUCACUAAUAGCCAGUGGUGCUAUGACGCAUUACAAGGACACCCGAAAUGGUCUACUAGGAACCGACUUCUCCACCAAGCUGUCUGCAUGGCUUGCUCUUGGAUGUAUCACGGCCCGCCAAGUCCACUUUCAACUAUUGGAUUUUGAGGAUGGGCGAGAUUCCCAAUACAAGGGAGUGGCUGGUUAUGCUAAAGGUGAGAACAAAGGGACCGCUGCUGUGCGGUUUGAGCUUCUAUGGCGAGAUUAUAUGAGAUUAUGUACACGGAAGUUUGGCCCUCGAUUAUUCCGACUGGAGGGCUUUCGAAAUGACACUUCAUAUCCGUGGAAGAGUCCCGGUUCCAAAGGCAGCGGUCCAGAGGUGGAAGAAAUGCUCCAGCGAUUCCUUCAUGGCACCACAGGCACUGCGUUGAUCGAUGCCAGUCAACGAGAACUCUUUUUGACGGGUUACACGAGCAAUCGAGCACGACAAAAUGUUGCCAGCUACUUGGCCAAGCAUCUCGGCAUCAACUGGAAGUUGGGAGCAGAAUGGUACGAAUGCAUGCUGACAGACUACGACGUCAGUUCGAAUUGGGGUAAUUGGCAAUAUGUGGCGGGAGUGGGCAAUGAUCCCCGAGGCGAGGCUCGAGUGUUCAAUCCCAUCAAACAAAGCUUUGACUAUGAUCCGCACGGCGAAUAUUGCCGUGCAUGGGUUUCCGAGCUCCAGAAUCUCGACGAGCCACAGGAGAUAUUCCAGGCGUGGAAGGUGCCCAUCGAGAGGAGAGCUGAGCUCGGAUUGGAGGGCCUGGCCAUGGUUGAGCGACCUCUCAAAAGGAUUGAUUUCAGGGUCGGUGGAAAAGGGAGAGGCGGAGGAGGCGGUGGUGGUGGUGGCAGGUAUGGGGGAAGCAGUAAAGGCAAAGCCAACGGGGGAGGGGAGGGUGGAAAGGGACGAGGCUUCGGCGUGAGAGGCAGUUAUCGUGGACGGGGCAAGAGUGAGCGGGGACGAGGAGGUCAUGGUCGGCAAGGGUUCAUGGAUAAGGCUGUCAAUGGCAAUGGCACCGGGGUAGAAGUAUAG